AUGCCGCUACCUAACCUAGAUUCUUUGAAAAACAUCGCCGUCGGAAAAGAUAACGCAAAUAAACAACAAAUUGUGCAUAUUUUGAAGGGAAUCACGGAUCAGGAAGUCCCACCAAAGCAAAAACAUAUUCGUGGAAUUAUUUUAGCUACAUUUAGUGGAAAGUCUUCGUCGUUUUUUUAUGAGACUGCACUUAAACUCGCCAUAUACACCAAUCCUGUAGUCUGCUGGAAGUUUCUAUAUGUUAUCCAUAAAUUGUUCCGAGAUGGGCACCGUGAGUGCGUAAGUGACGGACUACGUCACGCAACCAGAGUUUCCCAGUUGCAGUCUGCCUGGAGUAAUCACGCGACAAAGUGUGGAUAUCCGAUCGUAGACUUUUGUCAACUGAUAACCCGGAAAAUCAGCCUACACAGAAAAUAUGGAGUAUUACCUGGAAGUCUGGAGCUAACUCCCAGUGAGCUGAAGAGUUGUCUUUCUGCACAAGUAGACCACCUAUUUCAAUUUAGUGUCGAUCUCAUGGAUAUGCUAGAAGAAACAUUGCGCUUCAAAGAUGUUGUGCUCCUUUCUUUGGAGGGUAUUCAAGCCGCUUCAUUCACUCCCUCUGGUCAAUGUAAACUUAUUCCACUCAUUCAAUGUAUUCAAGAUGCUGCAGCACUCUAUGAACUAAGCGUACAAGUCAUCUUUAAGUUACAUGAGUUAUUAGGCAAUGGAACAAUGUCAGGUCACAGAGAACGCUUUAGAGAUCUCCAUAUUUCUGUCAAGAAAUUUUUUGAAAAUGUAUCCCACAUGCAAUAUUUCCGUUCAUUUGUUCACAUACCUUCAAUAUCCCAGAAUCCGCCGAAUUUUUGUGUUCAGUCAGAACUGAGUGAACAUACUACACUUAGAGUUACGAUGAAUGAAUCACAAUCAUUAUCUCCACCACUGCCACCAUCUUCACUGUUGUCAUCGACGGCAGUACUAGUGGAUGAACGGAACAAUCCACAUUCAGGUGAUGAAGAAGAUUCUUGUGAAUUAACCAUUGUACCUAAAGUUAUGUCACAAAUUCGUCCAACUAAAUUAUCAACUGAAAAACAGACAUUAAUUAAAUUAGGUUCUGAAAAUGCAGAUAUAAAUGAGAAGACGGUUAUGUUGUCAAAAGAAGUGAAAAUGGAUCCAAGUGUCAAUGAUAAACAUCACCAUAUUAAUAAUAAUAAUGGUAGUACUAUUGGUAAUAAUAAUUUGAAAAUGAAUUGGAACCCAUUUUUGGAUAAUUCAAUUCAAACAAAUAACCAUGUACUGUCACCUUAUCAUACUCAUGUAACGGAUGAAAAACAUGAAGUACUCAUUGAAGUGGAGUUGUUGAAGUCUGAAAUAGAAAGAUUAAAAGCAGAACAUCAUGAACAAUCUUAUUCGCUGUUGAAUCGUAUACGAAUAUUAGAAGAUGAAAUCAAAGAACUUGUACAAUAUAAGUCUAAUCACGAAGAGCAACAAGUGAACUAUGAGACGAAAUUAACUGAAAAAGUUUGUCAAGCUCAAAUGUUUGAAGAGAAAUUUCUAAAAUUAAAAGAAGUCUAUACUAAACUACGUGAAGAACACGUUGUUCUGUUGAAAAAUUAUGGCAAUGUUCUACAAAACUUACAACAAGAAACUCAAAAGAAUCAAGAUUUAGUAAAAACAAUUGAAGAUCUCCGUCACCACCAAAUGUCCUCAUCACUAGGUGAAGUUGAAUCGCUUGUAUCUGGAAAUAGAACAGAAGAAUCGGUCGAUCAAUGUUUAAAACUACAGUAUCAAUUGAAUGCCUAUGAAUCAAAAUCGGAAUCUGUAAAUACUGAGAAAGAUCAACUUACUGUAGAGCUUUCAGAAAGUCAACAAUUAUUAAAGGAUUCUGAAAUGAAAAUUUCCAAAUUAACUAAUGAAUUGCAAGUUUUAAAUGAUCAACUUAACCAGGAGAAGUUAUUUGCAGUCAGGGAAAUGAUACGUGUAACGGAAAUACUUCCACACAUAUUGUUGGUGAUGAUAAAGAUUGUAUUAUCUGUAUUACAAAGUAAUCAAACUAUUGGACAAUCACCUGAAUUUAUGGAAGUGUACAUACAUUGUUCUCCAACGUACUUUUUAAACCAUUUAUCACAAGUUACUAACUAUUUUAAUUUAUUUGAAUCUGCAUUAACUGACUACUUGUCUGAUAAUGAAAAAGGAUUGAUUCAAACUUCAUAUUAUAUUGGUCAGCUAAACUCUCAGUUAUCAUUACUAUCUCUCUUCUCUAAAUCGAUACAUCAAUCAAAUGUUACAAGUGGUUCUUCAUACAACUGUUUACAUAAUUUAGACUUAAUUCAAAGUGAAUUUACGGAAUUACUUAAUGUUCUGCUACAAAUCAACAGUAUUAAUCAGGAUCAUAUAAAUUAUAAUAACGAUAAACACAAUUAUUUCAAUCAAAUCAAAGAGCAUUUAUCUAAGAUUCAUAAUCAGUUAAAAUCUAUGUCUAUUGAAGUAACAAAUUUAUCGAACUCUCUGUCGAAUGAUUACAAUAAUGAUGACAUUAUGUCGUCGACUGAUGUGAUACAGAAAGAAAUGGAAACCACUUUUCAGGCUAUCACAGCUGCAGAACAGAAAUUCCAGGGAUUAAUUGAGAAAUCUAAAAAAAAUUCAAUCAACAAUGAAAAUCUUCAAGUGAAUUCACUUAUAUUAGAUUGUUGUUCUGAAUUGUUACUUUGUGUUGGUGAUCUAGUGAAACAAUCUAAACUGAUUCAACAAGAGUUUGAAAAUUCUCCAACGUCCGUUGAGUUUUAUAAACCUUAUAAUCGUUGGACCAAGGGUCUUUUAUCGGCUGCUAAAUUUGUCGGUGCUAGUGCUAAUGUCAUGGUUGAAAUAGCUGAUUCCAUAGUUUGUGGAAAAGAUGUAAAGUUAGAACGCUUAAUUGUAAUUUCACAAGAGAUAGCUGCUAGCACAACUCAAUUGGUUUAUGCUACUCGUGUAAAAACUACUUCACAAUCUGAAAUGUUCAAUAAAUUACAGUUAACUAGUAAAGAAAUAUGCAAGUGUACUGGAAAUUUGAUUGCAUGUGUAAAAAAGGCAGUUGAAGCAAAACAUAUAGAAGAACUUGAUUUUAGUAGCCUUACACUAACUCAAGCAAAACGUAUGGAAGUUGAACUACAAGUGAAAAUUAUUGAAUUAGAAACAUCGUUAACAAAUGAACGACAACGUUUAGCUAAAUUAAGAAGAGAUAAUUAUCAGUUAUCAGCUGAAGUAGAGGUAAAUUGUUGAUGUUUUGUAUUGUUUUAAUAACUAUUCUCUAUAAAUAUAGUUAGAUUUAAAAUGUACUUAAAAGUACAAAUUAAGAGUAUAAUUUCAAAGUACUGAGUUGUAGUGAGAGAGUAGUCACAUCAGUUAUUAUUGCUACUAAUUAAAUGUUUAUUUCAUCACAGAGCAUCUGUUUGAUUCAUUCCAGAUCAACUACAGUGAAUCAAAAAUUGAUUCAAAUAGUCAUUUUACUUAUGUUUAUUUAUGAAGAAAGUAUAGUACAAUCUAAUCACAUAUUUGUAUUUUGCCUUAUUGUCUUCUUUUGUAUUACUGUCUGUCUGAUAUGAUUUCUAGUACUAUAAAUAUCUUACCAAGUAAUCUUGUGAUCAGAUUAUUCCCUAUGUAUUGGACUAAUAUGUAUCACACCGUCACCUUAACUUUAUUAUUAUUGGAUUGUCUACAGAAAGAAUAAUUUUAUCCAGUAGGUUUUCAUGUACUUGAGAUCAUCUGAAUUACCGAUCAAAUACUUUUAGACGUAUUGGAAUCUCAGCAUUCCUAAACUUUAUUUCGAAACUACCAGUCAUAUGAAAAGAAAUAGUCAAAGAAAGUAGAUGUAAAGUCAAAAUAUGGUUUAGAACAUCAGUGUUUUGUUUUUGUUUUUCAGUGAUAUUUAUGAUUUUGAAGCUAUGCAAAGCAUUUGAGUUUCAUUUCUUUCCAUCUGUAAAUGAUAACAUUUGUGAUACCGUCUUACAGUAAAUUGGGUAUUUUUUUUAAAAUGAAGUACUUAUUAAAUUAACACUCAUAAGCUUUGUAAUUGGUCCUUUUAUUGUUGAAUAAUCUCGGAGAUAUCUUUUUCUUCAAUAUUCAAAUGAUAACAACCAAUGUUAGGUAAGGCAAGUGAUUUGGAAAAACUCAAACGUUGACAGGGUUUAAUUUGAAAUAAAAACAGUUUGAAUGGUAUAGUAGAUUUCUUCAGAAAAAUUUCCGCUACUAAUCCACUUUUCAAUAAUUUGCGUUUAAUAUGGCAAAAAGUUUGAUUUCUUCACAUUUCAAUAAUGCAAUGAGAAGACUAAGGUUAUCGGAAUUAUGUGGUUUAUUUGUGUGAUACAUUUAAAACAAUCUGAUCACACAUAUAAUUGUUAAGACAUAUAAAACGUCAACUAGACAAAUUAAAAGGUGGGCGGAAACAAAGACAAUGAUAACGUGCACAAAAGCAAUGUGAAAACCACAUUGAAUAAUAAAUUAGUAUUACCAAGGUAUAUUAAGAGUAAGAACAAAUCGUUUUUGAACAUAUAAAGGGGGUUUAAGUUUUCGUAUAGACAAGGCUUCAAUAAACCUGAGUAUACGCCCUUGAAAACUUUUGUACAAAACUACAAAGGCUGACUUGAUAUAAACCUUAUGACCAGUCUCAAUCAAAUGUUCAUCAAUGAAGAAAGAUAUUUUUCUAUCCUGUCAUAUUUGACCAUUGGAAUUAAUUGGUUUUUUUGCAGUCAUUCAGGUACGUGUUCAGCUCUUCAUUUUAUGUAAGAUAAAUAUGCUUUGGACUUGUUUUGAGUGCUUAUCACCUAUAACUAUGGUGUCAUACACGUACCGCUUAUACAAAUACAUCUUUUGAAUUGAGUCUUCAACUAGUUUUUCCACAUAUCCCAUAAACACAUCAACCAACAGUUGUCCUAAAGGACUACCCAUAGUUAUGCCAUCAAUCUGUCGAAAAUGCUCACCCUCAAGUGGAUUUCACAUUGUCAGCAAAUAAUAAUAAUAAAUCUUAAGAGAUUUUACAGAAAAUGUCAAUGGGAGGGUAUUUAAUAACAUAUAGUCAUACAAAAUACUAAGAGGUACAUUUGUAAAUAAAGCGUUUACAUCACAAGAGCACAUUGCUUUAGCUUUUGUAUUGAUGUCCACUAAGUACUUAAUUAAUCCAAAUAAGCCUUUCAAAGAAUACUCAAAAAAAUUGGCUUCGGAUAAGGUUUAAUACUUUUGUCAAUCAUUUUGGAAGAUUAUAUGUAGGUGGCCGAUACAUUGAUAGAAUAGGAUGUAUGGGGGUAUUGGGCUUGUGGAUUUUUGGUAGUCCAUAUAGAUUAGGGUACACCUAACCCAUAGGUUUUAACAAAUUAUAUUUCUCUUUGCUAACUGCAUUCCUGUUAAGCACUUUUAUACGUUCGAGUUGCCUUUCCUCUCUAAUUUACGUAAUCCACCGAAGUCAACAUCAGUCAUAAAUUUGCUUUGAUUACUGAGAAUGAGUUACAUUUUAUUUUUGUAAUAGGACUUAUUAUAAUGAUACCUGACCCUUUAUCAGGUUUUACCAUAAUAAUACCAGCAUUAUAUGUGUAGUCAGAAUGUUCGAGGUGUACUGCGCAAAUAUAUCGCAUAAUCCUGAUAACCUUUGUCUUCUCAUUGCAUUAUCGAAACUUAUCGAAGGGAAUAAUUGUCUUAUACUUCACAUAUAUUAAUUGCUUUAUUUCCAAACAAAGUACAUAAUUAUAUUUUGAAAACACAUAAUGUUAAUUAUUCAGUUGUGAAAGAGCGAUAACUUUUUUUAAAAAUGGUUCCGGAGGCUGUUAUAAACUUUCAGUAAUGAAAUCACCAACCCUACAUACAUGAAAAUAAUUUGCUAUACCGCAAAAAUUAGAGAUAUACGGUUGAUUUGUUCGAAGAUAAAUGUUUUAACAUUAGCUGGAAAAUUAAUGUCAGUGAAGCUCUGCAGAGAAGUGAAUUUGACCUGUUUCCAUCAGUAGGUGUAGAACGUAACUAUAUCGAAUUAUAUCGUUCUGUGUACCAUGUAACACCUACCUCCUAUAGGUACUUGUUGAAAAUAAGCCAACUUUACUCUUUUGCGCACAUUCACUCAGGAUGGUUAUCCUAUUAACAUCAAGAUGCUUAUCAAGUAUUGUUAGGAUUACUAUUCCCUGACCUAGGACGGAUACACGUCAUCGUCAUCAUCGCAGUUGGGGUAUUAUUACUUUAUGUAAAUACUUCACUUUGCUUUUGUUCUGCAAAUUUACUUCACUGCACCUCCAUUCUUUUAAUUAUCUUCAUAUUUUCUGUAACUUUUAUCUCUCAAUCCAUCAAUCUACUUACGUGGUAGGAUUUCUUGUUUGAAGUAAUGACAUGCAUGAAUGUGAAUGACUAGCUCUUUUUUUGAAAAUUUAAUUGUUAUUACGUACAAAUUGGGGUAAAUAAAAGUUUUUGUUCAAUAACAUCAAGUGAAUUGCUUAGACUAUUGAUCAAUGAGAGAUAAUGAAAA